CACAAAGUAAAGUUCCGGAUCCAGUAAACUCGACUGAAGGACUUUCCGACGACCGACUCAUAAUUCGCACCGCACUUCUCUUUAGUUUGCAGCUAAGCAAUUUCUUACCGUAUCAGAAGGCAAAGAACUAGUGAUGGAAUUUUGCAGACGCCUUGAACUUGAACUUUAGUGCCUAGACCUCAGAAGUAAGGAGAUGGAAAAUUGGAUGUUCUAGGGCUACAAGUUUUAGCUGAUGGGCUUUGGGAAUAGAGGAAUCGUUGGUGACAAAUGGUCAGGGAGGCUUUUAUGGGUCUGUGCAAUUGGGAGUGCAAUUGGCUUUUAUAUGGUUGCUGUGGAAAGACAAAUGCAGAAUAGAGAAAAGAUGAUGGCUGAAGCACUGGCGGAUGCAGGAUCAAGUAUAGAUGCCAAUGACAGAAGUUGAAUAUGGAUUUGUGAUAAUGCUAGUACCUUGUCAUUAGGUUACUUACUUCCUUUUCGUUCCUGGGGGUUUUUCUUAUCUUUUGCCUGUCUGAAUCAUGCUUUAGAAACUGUUGUGUUGUAAUAAGUACUCGCAAUCCUUAAAAAGAAAAACCCAUUGCUGGAACAAGAAUUCUAGUUGGCAAUGUGGGACUCUGGUACUUUAAGCAUUUUCGCUUACUAAGUUUGAAACUAAAUUAAAUUAGUGGCUGCUAGUCUGCUACCAUGAGAGCAGCAAAGAGGGGAACAUCGGCUAAUACAUUCAUAAAGGAGAAACGGUACUUAUAUUGAA